AUGAAGGAAGUUGCACCUCCUGGUACUGAGUUCCUCGAUCUGCACUCACCAGGUAUGGAUGGAGCUCUUNUUGCCUAUGACAAUGUCCUACCCGCAACUUUCGCUCCCUGGCACGGUACCCAGUACAUGAUCGGUUACAGCAGCACUCUCGAGAUUAUUAACGAGACCAGUCCCGAGCUGGUUAUCAUCGAUCCUUUGUUCAGUCAAGGCGUCGAUGCUUGCAACGCUAUCGGCCAGAAGUGUUUAAUUCUCAGUCCGAACACUUUGAAAGAGCUUGUGUUGGAUCGGCAACCUGGUGGUGGAGCUUUAUGGAAGUUCCCUGCGUAA